AUGCCCUGCGGGUCAGCGCUUCAGCCCUUGACACACAUUUCCACACUGCUACCCACGAGCCUGUCAGUCGACUCCGAGUCAUACUUCCAAAAAGCGCUUGUGAUGCUCCUUCGUCAACAGACUAUUAAAAGCCUUCAAGGCAAGUGUCCGGUCCACAAUUACUGCACGCUAUCAUCAUUCCUUCUGGUGUCAGCUCCAGUCAUGCCUUCUCAAUCUCAGAAUCACGCUCGCGCUAGCCCUAAGAAGAAGACAAAGCGUAAAGCUAUCGACUCCGAUGGGCAGCGUGUUUCAACAAAGAGAACGCGGGCUGGGGCUGAGGCACCCCUUGUGUUGCAGCCGACUCCUGAUGUCGCCAACUCUCAGGCUGUGCCCCCUCGACGUUCCGGACGUCAUGGUGCAGGACAAGGAGGCAGAGCCAGUCAACUAGAGAUAAUCGGUAAUCUCUUGGGUGCCUCGACACGAACCAGUCGACCCAAAGGCUCCACCUCUCUUGACUCGGAUGUUCCUAACAACCCGCUUGCUCCGGAGCCGCCUCGUAAGGGUUGUGGAAGCCACUCAAAGAUGACGGAUUCUGCAGCUUCUGGACCUCAGGCCCAAAAAACAAAGGCAACGAAGAAUGCUGCUCCCCCUGCCUUAGAUUUUGAGGCCCCGAACCUCCAGCCCAGGCUUGUGCACCACGAAGCGGGCGCGCGAUUUGGAUUUGCUCAGCAUAUCGUUCCCCCUGGCACAGAGCCUGACCUUCAAGCACUUAACAAUUCUUAUGUGGCUGCGGCCAGGGAGAAGCAGACUUCUUCAGCGACUUUAGGUACCACUGGACAUCUUCCCAUUGCUGUCGUCACCUCUGAAAACCAGCAUUCGGUGGUACCUUCAAAUCGCACAUUACCUGCACAUCAAUCCGAUGCUGACUCAGACUUGUAUCAGAACCUCGACCCUGCCCUUCGACCAGUCAAUGAUGAACGUUUCGAUCAGUAUGAACCGCAAGACACAAGAUCCGACAGUUCGGGAACAUCUAGUGAAGGCGGUGAUGGAAGUGCUAGCGAUGAAGAGGCAGAUCACACAGACGACAAUGUUGGCUGGGGGGCAGCACAUGGGCGCAUGACUGCACAUCCUGGAUUCUCGAAGGAAGAUUUACCAUCCCAACCCCGCGUUGCCCUCGCGCUUCCAACCAACUUCGAAUUUCAACAUUCCCGCGAUGAAGGUGACAAUGAUGCGGAGAGAUCUUUGGUAGCAAAUAAUAGCUCCAGCGAUGAUGAUACUGUGACCCAGCCGGAUGAUCCCCAACCAGAUGACGUGUUACAACUUCACCACAAGAAAAAUGGACGCCCUCGCCCUCGCCUUCCUGAUCCUCAAUUUCUCGAACUCUUACAUCACGCCGAGACAAAGAAACCCAACCACAAGUCAAGCAACACACAAGCCAAGACUGCAUUGGCGAAAUCUGACGAACCAGGCGAAGGACCUAAAGCUACUCAACUGGGCUGGUAUGGUCCUCGUUGGAAGAGCUUCCUCGAGGAUACGAAGGGCGAGUGCCGCGUCCAACACGCGAUCGAGAACCCAUUCCCGAAGCUGGUCAAAGACUUGACAGGUUCUGUCAACGAGGUACUCAUGGCCUCACUUGUCGAAUGGCUCGAAAGUGGUCAGCACGUCGAAGAGGGUAUCUGGCCUGAUCACAAGCACGAUAUGGCCAAGCUGCUGUAUGAGGAUUUAUCAACCUGGCGCUCAGACCUCAAGAAGAUUGUGAUUAACAUUGUGCCUUCUAUGUACAAUCUUAUCCCCCCACCCCACAUCCCCCCCCAACAACGUGCCGCCUGGGUCACAGCUGCCGCUGGGGAGUUGCUGGAGGAUGCUAAGUUUCUGCGCAAUGGUCUAGAUGACCUCGGCAAAACCCAAAACGCCGCUCAUCCCGCGCUUCGCGAGGCCGUUAUUUCUUUCUUUUACACAUCAUCUUACCGUGUCGCUCGCAGGAGGCCUGAAAUCUUCCGGACACAGUUACCACUCGAGUGCUUGGCAUUAGUUUGCACCGCGGUUAAUUGUGUCCUGGACGGCCUUGCUAAGAACGGCAGCGGAAAAUCAUUUCCGAAGUUUACCGCGAAGGAAUACGGGCGGAAUCCUACAAGGUGGAUGGCGGCUUCAAUGAUGCUGCGAAGCAUUCGCAUUUGAAAUUUGUCCUUGAUUGAGGUCUUAGCGCUAUUCCCCCGCACUGAUUCUAUCUCGAGCAUCAUUCCCGCUAGUGUACAAUGUAUCGCGUUUUCCGCCGCCGUGUUUGCUAUCUGAUUGAAUACCAUC